AUGUUCAAUUUCACGCAUUGGAAGGUCUCCCAAGUAAGCAAAACCUUGAAGCCAUGUGACAAUGUCAGAGUUCCCCACGAGAGGAAGAAGGAGAACAAGAAGCACGAGGAGCUGCCUGAAGGCCCGGCCCCGCCUUGUGGCCAGCUGCUGCAGAAGGGCGAGGGCGAGGGCGUCCACAUCCCUGAGGACAAAGCCGAGGACGCGGGAGGUGACCAGCCUACGGAGGAAGGCCCUCCCCUCAGCAGAACAGAAGCACGGAAAGAUGCCAAAGACCGGAAGCUGCCGACCCCCCUGGGACCUGUGCAUCCACCACUAAUCUCGAGUCCGAGCUCCAAAGCUGUGGGACGAAGCGGCCAACUGUCUCCUCCCGGGGCCAAGAACUUCCAAAUACACGACGGCCCUUUCCGGAACCUCCUGGACAUGAAGACGGAGAAGAGACUGGCCGGCUGGAAGGAGCGUCGCAGUCGCUAUGGGGACAUCAACAUGCACAAAUGCUACCAGCUCGGGCAGGUCUUCACCCCUUUCCGGGCCCUGGCCACCAUGGAGAUGCGAAGGCUGGUCUUUCCCCAACACCUGCCCAUGAGUCUGCACAUGCGCAAAAUGGGCAUCUCGUGCACCGACGAAGGGACUCUCCGAGACUUGCCUUUGUCUUCCACAGAGCUGGGCUUGGGAGCAGAUGAGAAAGAGAAACCAGCCAGCCACGUUAGAACACCUUUAUUCCCCCCAAUAGUUAAAGCAACAAAAUUUAAUAACGUGAAAAAAUAA